AAAGAUAAUAUGAAAACGGCGUCACCUUAUCUUCAGCAGCUGUAUUCUGCUUUUUUGAGCCUCAACUCGUUCUAGCUUGAUCCUUGAUUUGUAUUUCCCUCCAUAGUCCGUGGACUAUUUUUUUGCAUAACUUUGCUAUAAGCGUCAAGCGGCUUUAAUGAUAAGGCAUUCAUAUCCUCUUUCCAUUUAUCCAAUUUUUCAGUCCAUUCAAUCUAUCAUUGGGCUAAACGUACUAUUGGAAAUUUGGAAAUAGUCAUUACAUUAUAAUAACAGAUUAUAGAAGCACAGACAGCAAAAACAGAAUACAAUAUAUUGGUUGCAAAUUGUUUUUUUGUUGAUUAAUCAUUUAUUUUAGUCUACAAUAGGCAUACAAAAGAAAUUAUAGGAACUGGAAUAAAAGUUUCUUUCAUAACUUUAUAUCAAGCAGGCGAGCAAGAAACAUUAUCAUUAAAUAAAUCAAAUUUAAUUAGUUAUUCACUAAUAUAGAUUUAAAAACAUAAUAAUAACAAUGAAAGAUUCAGUGAUGAUUCAUGGAGCUGGUGGUAUCCCAGACAAAUCAUGGAAACCACAAUUUGGAAUUAUUGAAACUUCAAUGGGUCAAAUAACUAUUGAACUGUACUGGGAUCAUGCUCCAGAGACUUGCCGUAAUUUUGCAGAACUUUGUAGACGUGGUUAUUAUAAUAAUACAAAAUUUCAUAGAAUUAUUCGUAAUUUUAUGAUUCAAGGUGGUGAUCCUACUGGCACUGGCAGAGGAGGUACAUCAAUUUAUGGUACUCAUUUUGAUGAUGAAAUUCAUGAUGACCUUAGACACACAGGAGCAGGUAUUUUGUCAAUGGCUAAUUCAGGACCUAAUACAAAUGGUUCACAAUUUUUCAUUACAUUAGCACCAACUCAGUGGCUUGAUAAAAAACAUACAAUAUUCGGUCGUGUUCAUUCCGGUAUGAAUGUUGUCAAAAGAAUGGGCAUGGUAGAGACGGAUAAAAAUGAUAGACCUGUCGAUGAUGUAAAAAUAUUAAGGGGUGGAAUAAAUAUGUAAUUACAUAAUGAAUUCAUCUAUAUUUACAAGACAAAACUUGACUAAAAUAUUAUAAUGUAUUCUCUAAUCAUUACAAAUUUGAUAAUAUAUUUUAGUUUUUUUAUUAAGAUAUUAAGUUAUGAUAAUUAUAUUAAUAUUUUUUUUAUGUUUCAAACCAAUUGAGGAGCAUUAAACCAAUAUACAAUUUAA